CACCAUGUUCCUCGCAACACUAUCCUCUCUCAUCGCGUCUCUCGUCGCUUUCGCGGUCUAUAAACUACGAAAAGGUCUUCGAGAAGUCAACUACAUACCUGGCAUCAGAUCACCGUUCUCUCCUCUCAGCCCUCUUGGAGCGUCUUUACCUUGCACUUUCUGGAAUCCCACUCACGAGUGGCCUUGGUAUUGGCGUAAAACCGGGUACUUCAAUCAGACGCAUGAUAUCGUUUCGACAGUCCCAUUUCUCUUGGGAACCCCCUCCCUCUACACCAGCUCUUUGGAUGUGAUGAAGCAAUUACUCAACUCGGAAGGCACUCGGCUCGAAAAACCGAGGGAAUUGUCGUCAGCGUUGCAAUGGGGGGACAACAUUACAUCGGUGAAUGGCGAUGUAUGGCGGACUCAUCGACGCAUCGUAGCUCCUUCAUUUACCACCAGAAUGUACGGGGACGUGUGGAAGUCUGCGCGGAAUGUUUACAGCGAUAUGAUCAACAGCGAGCAGUGGAACAACAAAACCAAGGUAUCAAUUCCCCAAUUUAACACCACAAUGUGCAGGGUGACGAUUACGAUCAUAUCUAACUGCGGCUUUGGCUUGAGUCUCAAGUGGUCCGACAAGGAUGGACCUGUAUCGGAAGCUCCCAAAGAUGAUUUUCCUGAGGCGCUCAGGAUUGUAUCGGAGACCUCUCUCCAUCGUCUUCUUAUUCCAUCUUGGGCCUUCAACCUACCGAUCAAACGAUUGCGCGAAAUUCAGAACGCUUGGAACGUGGUGGAGACAUUCAUUCUCUCUGCGAUAGACCGACGCAAAGAAGAGGAUCUCGACUCGGAAAGCUUAGAUGACACAAACGUUCCAGGGGAUAUGCUCAAUCGAUUGGUGAUGGGUUGGUUGAGGGAUGACAAACACGGAUUGACUAAAAAAGACGUCCUUGCUGACAUGUUCACAUUGGUGUUUGCUGGCCAUGAAACCACAGCCAGUGGACUUUCAGCAACGUUUGGAUAUCUCGCUGUGAAUCCAGACAUACAACAAAAAGCGUUUGAAGAAGUUUCCCGAGUUUUCGCAGAAAAUAAUCCCGCUGAACAACUAGACCCUACCAAGUUGUCGUAUACAUUUAACUGUUUCCUCGAAGCUCUUCGACUCGUCCCAUCGGGUUUCUUCCUUCCUCGAAGGGCAACAGGGGACAUUACCCUAAAAAUUUCGCGCCCGCAACCGGGAACAGUUUUCGUGAAGAAAGGCACGCUGAUAAUGAUAGACCUCAUCGGAAUCCACCGGAACCCCGAAAUCUUCGAAGAUCCGCACAGCUACAAGCCUGAGCGUUGGGCGGGUGUCGCGGAACAUGAGACUGCACUGUUCGGAUUUGGCACUCGUGCAUGUAUUGGACGUAAAUUUGCCCACACGGAAGUGUUGUGCUUCAUCAGUUCCUUUUUGCACGAUUGGAAAAUUGAGCCGCUUUAUGGGAGCGUACAGGGCGAGACGAAGGAGGUGUGGGAGGAGAAUGUACUUGGGCGGGCGGGGCUUACUGGAACAGCUUUUGGGCUGAAAAGCGUGCCUCUCAAAUUUGUUCGCCGUGUUGGGAAUUCCGCUUGA